AUGGCACAGAUUCUGCCUUGGAGCCUUCAGAGAGACCAGGCCCUGCCAACAUCUUGCUUUCAGACUCUAGUAUCCAGAUCUGGAGAGAAUGAGGCCAUCCUCUCUGUGGUAUUUGGGAAACUAAUAUACCCACUAUGCUUAUUUAUAUAUAACUUGGCCUGGGUCUUGAGUAUAUUUCCUGAUGCCACAGCACAACAACACAUGUCGGGCUAUAAUCAACAUUCACUGGGGCAAUCCUCCAUUUCUAAGUAUAAAUUGGACAUUUUCAUUCUCAUUCAAUGGUUUUCUCAUCUCUCACCCAGAGAUAUGGCAAUUCAAUGCACUGUUAUUACCAAGAAAAGCUAUCCGAAGGUUAAGUUCAUCCAAAUGAAAGAGAUAUUUUUAAAAGGGGGGGGGGCAGUAAAAUGCCAUCUUUGUAAGUUUAGAAGUGUUAGAAUAUUUUAG